CUGGCUGGCUCGGCUGCUUUGGGUUCUGUUGGCAGAGUUUCCCCCCCUGGGCGUUCAGUAUAUAUUGAGCUCCCCGUGCCGACACAAACACACUGGCACCAACAGGUACUGGUUUAUCCUUGCCAAUCUGUUCACUAUGGCCACAGAUCACCAGAUCCCUGCAUCCAAGCAGCAGCAGCCAGGAAGCAGUGCGUUCAAGCUCGUCAUCUAUGAGCAGGAAAACUUCCAGGGCCACUGCCAUGAGCUGACUGGGCCCUGUAACGACCUCCAGGAAGCAGGCGUGGAGAAAGUGGGCUCCAUACUGGUGCUGUGUGGACCAUGGGUGGGAUACGAGCAGGCCAGCUGUAAGGGGGAGCAGUAUGUGUUUGAGAAGGGGGAGUAUCCUCGCUGGGAUUCCUGGACCAACAGCAGGCGAAGCGACACCAUUGUUGCAUUCCGCCCAAUUAAAGUGGACAGCCAGGAGCACAAGAUUGUCCUUUACGAAAACCCAAGCUUUGCAGGGAAGAAGAUAGAAAUCAUAGACGACGAUGUUCCCAGCUUCCACGCUCAUGGCUACCAGGAGAAGGUGUCCUCUGUCCGGGUCCAGAGCGGCACCUGGGUUGGCUAUCAGUAUCCAGGUUACAGAGGCUUUCAGUACCUGUUUGAAAAGAGGGAGUAUAAAGACAGCGGCGAGUUCGGAGCUCAGAUUCCCCAGAUCCAGUCAGUUCGGCGCAUCAGAGACAUGCAGUGGCAUCAGAGGGGCGCUUUUCACCCCGUCAACUAAGCUUGUGACUCUUCCCUGUUGUGAUUUCUGUCUCUGAAAGCCUUGACCCCCAUCUAGCCGCAGCAUCUUUGAAUUUCAGCUACACCAUUCAGCAUUUAUUAUCCACUGCAGCUGUUGUAGCAGUGGCAUUCUUUGGAGCAAACUAAUAAAACCUCAUUGCUUAACAUUU